CGCAUUUAGCGGUAGCAGCAGGCAGUGACUACUGACUAGUAUACACAGAGCAAGAGCCAGAGCAGGAGAGAGAGAGACUGAGAGAGAGAGAGAGAGCGCGGUUGUUGAGAUAGAAACAAGCUCCGGCGGGACCCAUCCGCCAUCUCCAUCUCCCCCAAUCCUCCAUAUAAAUCUCUCACAUUCCGCCAUUGAUCUUCACCAUCACCACCACCACUACCAAUUCUCUCCCACUUCCUACUACCCAAUUCCCCUUAUCCUUCUAGAAACAAUGGGUUCGACGCCGGAAACCCAGAUGACUCCGACCCAGGUCUCCGACGAGGAAGCCAACCUGUUCGCGAUGCAGCUGGCCAGCGCCUCCGUCCUCCCCAUGGUGCUCAAAUCGGCGCUCGAGCUCGACCUUCUCGAGAUCAUUACCAAAGCUGGGGCUGGAGCUUACCUUUCCCCUGCCGAAAUCGCCGCCCAGCUCCCCACCAAGAACCCAGAAGCUCCCGCCGUGCUCGACCGCAUCUGCCGCCUCCUCGCUUCUUACUCUGUCCUCACCUGCUCCCUCCGCACCCUCCCUGACGGCGCCGUCGAGAGGCUCUACGGCGCAGCACCCGUCUGCAAGUUCCUCACCAAGAACGAGGACGGCGUCUCCAUCGCCGCGCUCGCACUCAUGAACCAGGACAAGGUCCUCAUGGAGAGCUGGUAUCACUUGAAAGAUGCGGUACUGGAUGGAGGGAUCCCGUUCAACAAGGCAUACGGGAUGACAGCCUUCGAGUACCACGGCACCGACCCGAGAUUCAACAAGGUGUUCAACAAGGGGAUGUCUGAUCACUCCACCAUCACCAUGAAGAAGCUCUUGGAGACCUACACCGGUUUCGAUGGCCUGAAAUCGCUGGUGGAUGUUGGUGGUGGCACUGGAGCUGUGCUCAGCAUGAUCCUUUCCAAGCACCCUUCCAUCAAGGGGAUCAACUUCGAUCUCCCCCAUGUUAUUGCAGACGCUCCUCCACUGCCUGGCGUCCAGCACGUUGGUGGCGACAUGUUCGCCAGUGUCCCCUCUGGUCAUGACGCCAUUUUCAUGAAGUGGAUAUGUCACGAUUGGAGCGACGAGCACUGCCUGAAGUUCCUGAAGAACUGCUACGAGGCGCUGCCGGCGAACGGGAAAGUGAUCGUGUGCGAGUGCAUCCUGCCCGUGGCACCGGAUGCUAGCCUGGCGACGAAGAACGUGGUGCACAUCGACUGCAUCAUGCUGGCGCACAACCCAGGAGGGAAAGAGAGGACCCAGUCGGAGUUCGAGUCGCUGUGCAAGGGCGCCGGAUUCAAGGGAUUCAGGGUGCUCUGCUCUGCUUUCAACACCUAUGUCAUGGAGUUCCUCAAGACUGCUGCUUAGACCGAAUCUCCUCCGCCAUUGAUACUUCUCAGUCGUUUCUUUCUUGUUUUGGGUUGCUCUGUUCUGUGAAUUUGAUUGUUGUUGGGUUUUUUUUUUUACUUUUACUUUCACCUCUCCACGAUUAGGUAAAGGGAAGAUAGAGCGAAUUGAAGAGUAGUAAAACGGUAAAAAGAAGAGGGAAUGCAGUGAAAAAUAAUGGUAACUUGUUGGUUACCUCUGCAUGCAGCUGCAUCAAACGGAAACUCAUCCCAUUCACAUAUUUGGUGAACUGAAAGUGAAUGAAAUGCAGAGUUAUUAUGAGCAAGAUCUUUCAACGAUUAAUACACCGAAUCUCGUCAGAACUCCGAAUACCAACGAUCAAUACACCAAAUCUCAUCCGAACUCCGAAUACUAACGAUUAAUACACUGAAUCUCAUCAGAACUCCGAAGCUAAUGUUGAAUGGUGCUGAGUCGCAACACAGUUUGAAUGAUGAUUCAUUGCAUGACAAGCAAGUGGGAACCAACAUUUUCAACCCUGGUUUCCUUACAAUUGCAAGUUACAACGACGCUUUCAACAUCCAAGAUUUGGCCACCAGCUACCACCUAACCCAUCACAGAUACAUCCAAAGUUCCCACUGAAAAAACUAACGAUAAAAUCGAGUGACGAGGCAUGGUAGGUGGAAUUUGAUACUUCGUUGGAAUAUAUUUUUUUUCUUGCUAAUUUCAAGGAAUUUUUAAUACUAAAGAGCAUUCGUAUCAAAUGUAACCAUUACAUCUUACAAUUUAUGCAAUCCAUUUCAUGUUAAUUUCGUUGCAUCAAUGUUAUAUGUAGUGAGCGCAAGUGACCCAUUUCAUCAACAUGAAAAUUAUAAAAACGAGGAAGGUUCGACUUCUAGGAUUGGAGCAUCAUUCGUUUUACGCAACAUAUUUUCUCACGGCUCAAAGUUUUAAACAUUAUAUAUAUGGUGAGAUAUAUAAUCUAACAGAGCUAUGAAUUCGUUAGCAAAUUGUAUGGUUCUCAUAAUUGAAGUUCUUCCAACAACUCAAGUUCGUUAGGACAAACUAAUUCUUGACAUGGUAUCAGAACGUUCGAUGUUCGAUAGGUCUUGUGUUCGAAUCCCGUCAACCCUCAUUUUUAGGCACAUGUUAUAUUCACACUUGUGCAAACUUCGUUGAAUUAUCUAGUUAAAAUUCUAUUUGUUAGUAAACGAGUCUAGUAUCGGCGGAUCUUUUCUUGAGCCAAACGUCGAACUGCUCGACUCGUAUGCAGCACAACUACCACACUACAAGAAAAACUGCCUUCCGUGACCACUAUAAUUUGUCGCUGAAAGUGCUAAAUUGGUUGCAGAUACUUUUCUACGACCAAAUAAUUUUGGUAGCAGAAAUGGUCGCUAUAGGCGCGUUACCAUUUCCUAUGGUGACCAAAAAGGAGAUUGGUAGCGGAUAGAAUGGCUAUUGCAACCAAUAUUAUCAAUGGUAAAAAUCUGGAAUAUAUAGUUACCAACUUUUUUGGUUGUAAUAGUUCCGACUACAACCAAUUUAUUUGGUUACAAAUUUUACUUUCAGUUACCAAUUUUAUUUUUAGCUACCAAUCCUUUUGGUAGUGAACGAUAUACACAACGAACAAUUAUGGUCAUGAAAGAUACAUACGCCGACCAAUUAAAUCAUUAAAGACGACCAUUUUCAUGGUUAUGAAAGUUUAACCCAACCAUAAAAUUUGGUCGUGAAAAACAUAUAUGUCAACCAAUUUUGUCAUAUUAAAGAGUUUAAGGCAACUAUAAAAUUUGGUCAUGAAAUGUACAUACACCAACCAAUAAAAACCGUUAAAAUGA